UCAGUCCUCGCCGCCGUUAAUAUUUGUCGGCGCAGGGCUCUGGAACGGAUUGCAAAAAAAGGGUCAAGAAAAAGAAGUUGUUUUUAAUUCUAUCUGGACGAAAGAUAACAUGGCCGAGAUGUCUCCGGGAGAUAAAUUAUUAAGUGGUGCUACACGCAAAUUGGGCCAUCUGAAGAUGGCCAAAGUAAUGUUCUUAAUCAUAUCAGCAAUUGUUUGUAUAAUCAUUUUUUAUGCCAAUACCAGCGUAAUUGGUAGACGGUCACUGUUUGCACUGUUUCUUAGCAAUCGUAAUUCAGCAGCAGCUACGGCUGAGGCAGGCACCACAUACGGUGGCGAAUUAUUAACAAGUCCUGAAAAGGCCACAACACUGCCGCAAGACCCACAACGACCACAAAAUGAACAAGUACAACAGAAAGCUGAUUUUGAAGACACUCUUAGAUAUAGAUCUCAAGACUUUGCCUCGACGACAACCCGAAAGAGAUCUCGCAAGUCGUUAAUUAUGAAAACUUUGCUCGUUAAGCCACCAUCCACCAGAAAUGCCUCGGUGCAAAUAUUCAACUUAAGCUCAACAGUAUUAGGAUCGGGAAUAGGAACCGCCAGCUCAGAUUACAAUAUCUUUGUGAUAUACACAAAGGAAAACUAUCAGUUGCAUGUUAAAUUUGAAUUAUUCAUUAAAAGCCUUUUGAAAUUCGCCAACUCGGGAGUCCUGCUGCAUUUGCACGUACUUACGGAUGAAACGAGUGGACAUUCUGUGGAUCAGAUUUUAGAAAUUGAAGUGCGUCGUUAUAGACGUUCUAUUAUUUAUAGUUUAUACAAUAUGCGUUUGUGUGCCGAGGAAGUAGUGGACAUUGUCAAUACAAUGACACCGUACUUUAGCUCAACACCCAAAUCGUACUAUAGUGAUUCGUUAUUCUUCCUAUCGUUAGGCUUGCAUCGCAUAGCCGACGAGAAUAUGGAACGUGCAAUAUUGCUAGAUUGUGACAUAGUCUUCCGUACCGAUGUCCGUCUAUUGUUCAAUGAAUUCGAUAGAUUUUCUCCCGAUCAUCUAUAUGGUUUGGCGCCGGAAUUGACGCCUGUCUAUCGCCACAUACUCUAUAGAUAUCGGGCCAAUUAUCCAAAUACCGACUUUGGUAGUCCCUUUUAUAUGUCUACAAGUGAAAUGCAUAAUAUGGUUUCCGAAGAGUCCCAACAUACUCAACAUAAACUAAGAAAAUCAGAAAGGCAUAGCCUAAGACAUGGUUAUCCUGGACUCAAUUCGGGUGUGGUGUUGUUGCAUCUGAAACGAAUACGCAAAUCACAGGUGUAUCAUCAACAGCUACAUGAUUCGGAAGUUCGGAAACUUACCUCUAAAUAUAUGUUUAAAGGACAUUUGGGUGAUCAGGACUUUUUCACUUUACUCGGCUAUGAAUUCCCCAAUCUCAUCUAUCGCCUCGAUUGUGUGUGGAAUCGCCAGUUGUGUACGUGGUGGAAGGAUCAUGGCUAUAGUGAUGUCUUUGAUAAAUAUUUCACUUGUAAGGGACGCAUCAAAAUGUAUCACGGCAACUGUAAUGCCCGAGUGCCCGAAUGAUUCUGUUUACCACAGAAGACCCACAUAAAAUGUACCGUUAACGUGUGUUCAUUUACUCACUAGCUCACAGAUUCACUACAUGAAAUCAUCAACAACA